AUGAGAGAGUGGCCAGAAUAUGUUCAGCUACUAAGUAUGCUGCACAGAUCGGACCUAAGGAAAGCGUACAGUGAGAUCAAGCAAUUGGCCAUCACUACAGAGCAAUCGAGAACAAUGUAUGGAACGCUGCGGAGUGACAAAAAGGAGAAAGAUUUGGAGGCCCGGAAAUGUUUCAGUUGCUUAAAAGUGGGACAUAUUGCCCGGAUUUGCCUGUUGGGGAGACCCACAGUUAACAAAAUAAAAGAGAAGAAGACAAGGGUAGAUUGCAUGAGUGAAAUAAAAGCAUAUCCGAUAUUGUGCGACGAUCCCAGUCCAUGGGUAUAA